AUGAAGUACUCUGCUCACGUUGCCGUUGCCUUCCUCAGCGCUGGCGCCCUUGCCAACAUUGCUCCUCGGGCCCUCUCCGACUUCCAGCUGGUUCUGAGCACCGUGCAGACCGACGUCGACAAUCUCGACGUCGCCGUCGUCGGCUUCACCGGCAACACGGUCCCCGUGCAGGCCGCUGCCACCACGCUCAUCAACCACCUCAUCAGCGGCAACACCAACCUCGCCGGCCAGCCCGUUCUCAGCCUCGCCGACACUCUGGCGCUCAACGCAAACGUCAACACCUUCAAGACCCAUGCGCAGACCCUCGUCACCGACCUCAAGAACAAGCGUCCCACCGUCAUCGCCACCGGCAACUGCGCCCUCGUCCGCAACAACAUCAACGACAUCAACACUGCUUCCGGUACCCUCGUCGCCACCAUCGUCUCCAAGGCUGCUGCCGCCGCCCAGAGCAUUGCUCAGGGACAGGCCAGAGACAUCCAGGCCAUUCUCGAUGACGGCAAGGCUUACUACACUGUCGCCAACUGCCCGUAG